AUGUCCUGCUGGAACACUUCAGGCUGCCUGCUUAGCUUCCUGAAGCCUCUGUUUCCUCAUCUUAGAGACAUACUUGGAAUCGUAGGAGAGAGUCAAGGUGUGGGCAAGAGCAGUUUACUGUUACGUUUUGCAGACAACACUUUCUCAGGCAGCUACAUCACCACGAUUGGAGUGGAUUUCAAGAUCCGCACCGUGGAGAUCAAUGGGGAGAAGGUGAAACUGCAGAUCUGGGACACGGCCGGGCAGGAGCGCUUCCGCACCAUCACUUCCACGUAUUAUCGGGGGACCCACGGGGUCAUAGUGGUUUAUGACGUCACCAGUGCCGAGUCCUUCGUCAACGUCAAGCGGUGGCUUCAUGAAAUCAACCAGAACUGUGAUGAUGUGUGCCGGAUAUUAGUGGGGAACAAGAAUGACGACCCCGAGCGGAAGGUGGUGGAGACAGAAGAUGCCUACAAAUUCGCUGGGCAGAUGGGGAUCCAGCUGUUUGAGACCAGCGCCAAGGAGAACGUCAAUGUGGAGGAGAUGUUCAACUGCAUCACAGAGCUAGUCCUCCGAGCAAAGAAAGACAACCUAGCCAAACAGCAGCAGCAGCAGCAGAACGACGUGGUAAAGCUCACCAAGAACAGUAAACGGAAGAAACGCUGCUGUUAA